AAUUUGUAUAGAGGGGUGGUGUAACGUUAUGUUCUGCGGCCGUGUGUUGAAGUGGGGGUUAGGCUAUUGUUAUUUUAUUGUUUUGUUAGGGGAUAGGGGUGGUAAAGUUGUGCAAGCUAUAUGGGGGAUGGGCUCAUGGGGACAGACCAAACUUUAACCACUUCACAGGCUUCACUCAUUCGUCGCCGCGGGCUGUGCCCCCCCCCUUUCCCUUGGUGAGUGACUUGAGUCCUCCGCUCUUCUUUCUCCUGCAUUCCUCAACUUUCACUAAAACUAUUGCUGCUUGUUUCGGGAGGGGAAGGCAUAGUUUCUUCUUUACGUGCUUAAUUGAAAAGCAGUUGUGGAUUAGUCCAAUAUCACGAUGUCCCGUCGGUAAACGGGUUAAGAUUUUACAGCCAACCCUCUACUCCCCUUCCCUCCUCUCUUCUCUCGCCAUGCCGGAUCCUUCCGUCUGUCUCGCCCACAGUUGCAGUGCAUUUGUGUCCCGGGAUGACCUGUUGAUGUCGGCUAUAAAGAUGGAGCCCCAGUAUCGCCUACCGCUAUAAAUCCCACUCUCCUCUUCGACAGAAAAAAACGUGAACACAUAGCUGUGUUCACAUCGGAGUUCAGCUAAGUGAACGGAGCCUGUGCGGCGUAUUGAGACAAAUCUUGGUGGAUAUUUAAUAAAUAAUGUAUUCGCUGUGAUAUAUCAUAAGCGACAUUUUGAAGGGGAACAACGCGUGUCUGUCCCGUAUCGGUAGCUGCCAUUCGGCCGCAGGAGGAGGAGGGAACUCGGUCUAAACGGACAUCACACCGCGCUGGCACGGAAAGAGGGGAGACGGGGAGAGCGCUGAACUGCUGAAUAUUUUAUCCCCUCGACUAUUUUUGUGACAGCUUUCGUGCACCCGGUUGCUCUGACGAUAAACGUGUGCGUGUUGGGAAAGAGUUGAAACCGGGGUUGGCAUACAAGGUAAAGAAGGAGAAGAUUCAUUUUUGUCCCUUUUCCGCCGCUGCCCCCUCACUCCCUCCACUAAACGCACGCACACACCGGCCCGGGCCAGCCGAGGACUCUCAAAUCCUACCGGGCAUCGAGGCUGGCACACGGCGGGGCACCGAGAGCUCUCUGCCCGCUCUGACUGCCCCUGCUGUCCCGCUGGUGGCGGGCUCUUUUCCAACCCGAGGCGUCUACCGGCGAGACAUCGGCUCUGCUAGUCUUUCAUACCCUGUGGUGCUGGGCAGAGCGUUAUGGCUCAGACGCUGCAGAUGGCGAUCCCUAACUUUGGCAACAACAUCCUGGAGUGUCUGAACGAACAGCGGCUGCAGGGCCUCUACUGUGAUGUCUCCGUGGUCGUCAAGGGACACGCCUUCAAGGCCCACCGUGCGGUCCUGGCAGCCAGCAGCUCGUACUUCCGGGAUCUGUUCAACGCCGGGGGGAAGAGCUCGGUGGUGGAGCUGCCCCCGGCGGUGCAGCCGCAGAGCUUCCAGCAGAUCCUGGCCUUCUGCUACACAGGACGCCUCAGCAUGAACGUUGGAGACCAGUUCCUGCUCAUGUACACCGCUGGCUUCCUCCAGAUCCAACAGAUCAUGGAGAAAGGCACAGAGUUUUUCCUCAAGGUCUCAUCUCCGAGCUGUGACUCCCAGUGUCUCCACACAGAGGAGACCCCACCCUCCGAGCCUCAGAGCCCCGUCACUCAAACAAUGGGGGGUGGCGGAGUCGGCGUUGUUGCCCCGGCCGCGGGGAGGCCCGCCUCUUGUCUGACGCCCCUCCCCCUGGUGUCCAAGGUGAAGACAGAACAGAUGGCCUCCACACCUCAGCCCACCCCACAGCCGCAGCAGAUGGAGGGCUCUCCGUAUUCAGUGGUCUGCACCCCCGUGGCCAAGCGGCUGUGGGAGGGGGGAAACCGUGACAGUGGAGGGGGGUCUGGAGGGGGUGGGGGAGGGGGGAUGAGGAAGGCUGCACGCUACUCUUCGUCCUCCUCUUCAUCCUCCUCCUCCAACAACGCUACCCAGGAUACGUCUGGGCGGGGACCUGCAGCCAAUGCUGCUGUAAUGGGCGGCGGCAUGGCCACUUCCAUGGGAGGAGCCGGACUCAACAGUAACCAUAACAACAACAACAACAACAACAACAACAACAGUAACACCAAUGGCGGGACCCCUGAAGGCACAAGCCCGGGCACACUGAGCAUGUACACCAGCGACUCGCCGAUCAGUUACCAUGACGACGAGGAAGAGGACGACGUAGCGGAUGAGAGCGCUGAAGAGCAGUACAGACAGAUCUGCAACAUGUACACCAUGUACAGCAUGCUGAACGCUGGAGCAGCAGUGGUCGGGGAGCGGGUGGAGGCUCUUCCAGACUUGGCCCCAGACUCAGGCGGCGGGCGGGGGGGCAGAGGGGCGCGGUCCCGCCAGGACCUGGCGUCGCUGCCCGCCGAGCUCAUCAGCCAGAUCGGGAACCGCUGCCACCCGAAGAUGUACGAGGAGGGCGACCCGGCCGAGAAGCUGGAGCUGGUGAGCGGGACCUCCGUGUUUAUCUCCCGCGCCCAGCUCAUGAACUGCCACGUCAGCGCCGGCACCCGCCACAAAGUGCUGCUCAGACGCCUGCUGGCCGCAUUCUUUGACCGGAGCACUCUUGCUAACAGCUGUGGAACUGGCAUCCGCUCUUCAACCAACGACCCAAGUCGUAAACCCCUGGACAACAGAGUGCUGCACGCUGUCAAAUUCUACUGCCAGAACUUUGCGCCGAGCUUCAAGGAGAGCGAGAUGAAUGCCAUCGCGGCCGACAUGUGCACCAACGCCCGCCGGGUUGUCCGUAAGAGCUGGAUCCCCAAGCUCAAACUGCUGAUGGCUGACAGCGACGCCUACUCCGCCUUCCUGGCCGACAGUGUAAAGAUGGAGGCCGACGCACUGGGGGCAGAGCAAGACUUUGACCCCGCCUCCCUUGAAGCGGUGGCAGCAGCAGCGGCCGCCGCCGCCAACCAUAAUGAAGCAGGAGGCGGAGCCACGCAAGCAGACACCCUCCAUGGGGCGGGAGGAGACGGCAGCACUUUGUUUUGAGUGAGUGAACGAACAGAUAGAUGAGUGGACAGAUUGAGGGAGGGAUGGCAUUCCUCUGGGGGCAAUGAGUAGAGAACGGUGGCCACUGUGGUCCUGAUGAUGGUUGUGACUCCUCCCCUAGCUGCCAUGUGUUUGGGAUCUAUUUGUUCUUUUACACCUCUAUUGGUCAGUUUGUUCUGCUCUCCCUCCUUCGUUUGUCCACCUUUCUGUCUCUCUCGACAGCCCAGAAUGCCUCACCUUGGGUUGUUCCUCCUUCCUUUUCUGUUGGAGAGAGGUGGAGAAAAAGAAAGGUAGCAGAGAGAAGAGAAGAGGCCCCCCCCCUCACCUCUUCAUUCCUCUGCAACUUUUCAAUACCUGAUUGUUUCAGCCUUUAUUUUUUUUUAAAAGUGUGUACUGUCACUAAGGCCCUUUUCUUACCAUAAUCAAUCAUAGACAUUCCCUGGGGUUGGGGGAGGGGUAAACCUGUUUGGAGAAAGUAAUAUUUCCUUCCCCAAACUCCGGAAACACUGUUUUAAUAUUGAAUGUAUGUGUGGCAAAGUCAGUGGAGGUUAAGUGCGUUGUAUUUCUUUGUUUUUGUUUUGCCUUAUUUCGUCUGGACGACCAGAUGAAAGCUCCUCUGAGAGCGGGGGAUUGAUGAGGUCAGGGGUUGAUAUGAAUAUUGAUAUGUAUAAUGCCAUAGUUUAUGUUGUCCCCGAACUCCAUCUGACCCCACCAACCCUGCUCUUUUCCCCCUUCAGCCUCCACCACUUUCUGACCCUAAAACUUAAAAAAAAGACUAUUACGGUUUUACUUUUAUUUGUCUAAAUUUUCAAUUCUUUUUUGUGUGUAUUUUUUGCCAAGCCUCCCGAGGGAAAGGAAACUUGUUACUGAUUAUUGUCAAAGAGUUUGCGCGUGAUAAAUGCACUGUGUUAUUUCCUGCGGUAUGAGUACAAUCAAACUUAGUUUUUGUCCGUAUCAGAAAGAGAAGAGGGGUGGUUUUAUUUUUAAAAAAAAAGAAAAGAAAAAAUGCAAGCUAAAGUUCAAUUUAUAUCUCUGGUUGUCCUCCAAUUUUUUUUAAGUCCUAAGGAAAGUCAAAAAAUAUCCAAAAGCGUGUGUGCGUGUGCGUGUGCGUGAGAGAGAGAGAGAGAGGAUACAGCAGCUAUAUUCUUUUGUUUUCAGCUAAUGUUUAAAUCGUUUUCCCUUAGAAUAUUCGCAGCCAUGCCAGUUAGCAGAAUCCUUUUUCUCAGGCUCUGCUGCCGGGAUGCGUGCUCGCCUGGCACGGACAAAGGUGCUAAUUCAGCCAUUGGUACAUUGCUAGGAAUACAGCUCUGUUUGUGUAGGUGUGUGUUUGAAUGGCCGCACAGUUUUGUGUGCGUGCUGCAGCAGAGGGAGCGCGGGAGGCCAGACAGUGUGUUUUCACACACGCUUGGUCGAUUCAUUCACCCAUCACCGCAGUGAGCACACACACGCUAAUACGCAUUUGGCCGCUGUCAGCCGCAUCAGCUACAGUACACCAGAGCAGCAUGGGAAUUACAGCGGAAUUACACCGAAGCAGAGCUGCUGUUCGUCACAUGUAAGCACUCCCCUUAUAUUUUGUGCUUAAUGAGGACACAUUAGAUCUGGAUGGGAAAGGUAAACUGUCACUGUGCUGGCUGGGAGUUCUGUUUGUUGGUUUGACAGUUAAUUUCCUGGCUUUAUGUGAGAUACUUAAAAAAAAAAAAGAAAGCUGCUAAAUAAUGGAAAUCACCGAAGAACGUAGGCGUAGAGCCAACCCCGAAAGUCAUAUUGCCGUCAUAUUCGCCUUUGAUACUUGCGUGGCUGAAUGGUAGCUUUCAGAAAAA